ACCGGAAAAAGCCCUUCAGAAUAUGUGCUUUUUCCGGCUUCCCACAGAAUCAUCAUCAUCUGACAGACAAAUCUCUGCUUCAGUAGAAAAACUCCGGCCUGCCCAGAAUCAUCUGACAGAUUAAUAUUCUCUAAACCCUUUCUAAGAUAUGUCUAUGUACUAAUGCAGUUGGGAAUUUGAAUUUUGAUAAAGAGAUGAGCUCUACGACAACGAAGAAGCGAUCCUUGUAUAAACCCCAGCAUCCAAUUGAUGUGUCGCCUUUCGAGGCGUAUUGUGGUAGCUCAUGGUGGCAUUAAGAGCCUGAGUAUUAGGAAAGGGGAAUUGGAUGUGCAUUUAGAAUCCCCUGACGAGGUGGGUGUCACCGAGAAAAUACCGGUGGGUAAUUUGCGAAUGAGGUCAAGAAGAGCGACGGUAUCUGAUUGCAUGUGUUUUUUGAGGCCUGGUGUAGAUAUCUGUAUAUUGUCAAAGGAUUCAGGCGAAGAAAAGGUAUGGAUUGAUGCUAAGGUUAAUUCGAUUGCGAGGACACCUCAUGAAUCUGGAUGCACCUGCCGGUUCUUCGUUAACUUGUACAGAAAACGUGUACCAUCUGAUAUGAGAUGGUGGACACUUAACAAAGAAAUUAUGGAAGUUACAAUUGAUGAUAUUUCUAUCCGAAAGCCUUCUGAAGACGAGUAUUACAGGUGGUCUUAUUUGAAAGAUUGUCCUUCCAGAAAUGAUGCUAAGUUGCUCCGGCUUCAGUUCUCGUGUGACCUUUCGUGGAUGCUUGUUGCGUCUACAUUGAAAGGUUUCGACUUUGAAAUAUUGUCAAUGCGAAGGAAGAUCUUUUAUCAAUUUCUUGAAGACAAUCAAGAUAUCUGUUCAACUGGCUCUGACAAGGCUUUAAAGUUCGUCAAUUUCUACAUGGAUGAUGAUGUUUUUAAACCUAAUAUCCUAACCAUUGUGCCAGAGUCUGCUUUGAUAUCAUCUGAUCAAGAGAAUACCUCCAUGGAAGACUCCCUUGAUGAUCAGCUUGAAUUGAGGCGGUCCGGUCGAAAGUCUGUACAACCCGAACGUUAUGUUGGCAAUCCAUGGUCUUCCAAUGUGAAGAGUGCAAAAAGAACAGCUAGAGUAAGAGAAGUCGAUGAGGAGCCAUGGGAAAUGUCUUCUGAGGAUAAUGACUGGUGGGACGAGCCAAUAGUGCGUACAGAAAGAACGCAUGAUACUAUUCCCAAUUUGCGUAUAGAAAGAAAGCGUGAUACUAUUCACAAUUUGCGUGCAGAAAGAAAGCAUGAUAGUAUCCGCAGUUCAAACUUGCAACUCGUUACGUACGAAGUCAAUACCGGCAGCAUGGACCAGCCGACAGUAGGUAUAAAAAGAAAUCAUGAAAAUAUGCAGGCUUCAAACUUAGAACUCGUUCCAUCCCAAAUCAAUAUUGGCGGCAUCGACCAGCCAGUAGCUCUGGAUAUGAAAACAAAUGAUGAUUGUAUGCACGGUUCAGAUGAGAUGGAAUCAAGCACAGAACAGCUAGGUGGAGAUGUUAUAAGUGUAAAGCGGCCUCGAUAUGCUGAUCCUCCUGUGGUUUACGAAACGUCAAAACAAAAGAAAGACUUGUGUAGGCAGCAAGUUCAACACUGCGACAGCAUUUCGAAACAAAGCAAGGAGUAUUUUAUGUCCCGUAUGAACAGGUAUAGCAACUUGAUUUCUGCAAGUAAUAUUGAUAGUCCUCAAGCAGAAAAAAGGAAGGCUGAAAACAAGGAGGAGGGUGGUCCUUCAGUGAGCAGUAAAAGUUCAAAAGGAGAGAAAGAUUUGUGUGAAAAGGUUCAACAUUACUCGUGAUUGUGUAAUCUCUCAUUCUCCAGGAGCUGGGAAAACUUUACUCGUGAUUGCAUUCCUUGAAAGCUCUUUGAGAUUGUUCCCAGGGCAGCGGUCGGUGAUCCUUGCUCCAAAUACGACUGUGUACACCUGGAAGAAAGAA